GUAAUGUCUGAAGAGGAAAUGAAUUUGUCUGUAAACGUUAAUGGCCAGUCUAAGGUGCCUCCAGGGUUUCGGUUCCAUCCCACCGAAGAAGAGCUUCUUCACUAUUACUUGAGGAAGAAAGUUGCUUAUGAGAAGAUUGAUCUUGAUGUUAUUCGUGAUGUAGAUCUUAACAAGCUUGAGCCUUGGGAUAUACAAGAGAAGUGCAAAAUAGGAUCCACCCCCCAAAAUGAUUGGUACUUCUUUAGCCACAAAGAUAAGAAGUACCCAACAGGGACCAGAACCAAUCGAGCCACUGCUGCAGGUUUCUGGAAAGCUACUGGCAGGGAUAAGGUCAUCUACAGUAGCUUUACAAGAAUUGGUAUGAGGAAAACACUUGUGUUCUACAAAGGGAGAGCACCUCAUGGCCAGAAAUCUGAUUGGAUAAUGCAUGAAUACAGGCUCGAUGAUAACACAGUAGUUACUACCCAAGAUGCCUGCGGUUCUAACUUGUGUGAUUCUACUCAAGAAGAUGGGUGGGUGGUUUGCCGUGUUUUCAAGAAGAAAAAUUACCACAAGGCGCUAGAGAGCCCCCAGAGAUCGAUAUCAGCCUCCAUGGAUUCAAGAACCCAGUUGCAGUCCUUAAACAAAGAUGGUGUUCUUGAUCAAUUACUUGUGUACAUGGGAAACGGUAGGUCUUGCAAGCAAGAAAUCGAAUCUCUUACCGCAAACCAGAAUGCUAUGCAGCAAUUCGUUAGCCCUAUUAAUGACAGAUUCUACCACCUUCCAAGGCUCGAAAGUCCCACCAUGACCCUCUCACCUCACGACAGCUCUGCCUCAGCCAGCUUCGAUCAAGGCUUGAGUUUCAAGCCGCAUAUAAACGACUUCCUGACAGAAGCCGGACAACCAAGAAACGCAGAUACUAGCCAGCUGGUAGACGACCAUGACUCAAGAGAGCGUCUUGAUAAUUGGGCAGAUCUUGAGCGGCUCGUGGCUUGUCAGCUGAAUGGACAAGUAGACUCUUCAAAGCAGAUGUACACUUGCUAUGGCGAACCAAACGAAGAGUUCUGUUUCCCACUUGACCAUGAUGAGCCAGCUGGAGCACCGCAGCUCUGUGAUUCAACCACAACGACUAGACCGAACCAAGCCACGUAUACAAGUGAGAUAGAUCUGUGGAGCUUUGCUCGAUCAUCUUCAUCUUCUUCAUCCCCGGAUCCGUUAUGUCACUUGUCAGUAUAAAAUUAAACGUACGUAGAGGUUAAAACUGUGAAAGAUAUGAUACAACAACUGAAU